AUGUUUGAAUUCAGAGCAGGAAAUCUGACGUUUCCAGAUGGGCCGUUUCAGACUCCAAACAGACUUUUCACAGUUCUUGGGGGUCCAUUACGAGUGAUGGAUCUGAUCUCACGUCACCCGGAUAUCGUGUUGAGAUUUGGUCUUCUAGUUGAUUAA